AUGACGGUGCAAAAACCUGACGUCAAGCGUAUUGAUAAAAUACUUUCUCAACAAGAGCGACCAUUCUAUCUUAAUAUUGUUUCUGGCAUCUUUAAAUUAUUUUUCCUUAUAUAUGAUAUUAUUAGUUAUGUUCCAUUUAAAAUUUUUAAUGAUCCUAAGGCAAAAUUAAGAUUAUCUGUAAGAAGAAAAGGUGUAAAAUUGGACCCAAAUGAUCCUUUUUCUCCAUUUCGUCAUGUUGAAUCUGUGAACAAAUUACGUUCAAUAUUAGUUGAGGGAUGUCAUACUUUAGAUCAAAUGUUUUCAAAUAGUGUAAAAAUCUAUGGUUCUUUGCCAUGUAUGGGAACAAGAGAAAUAUUGACAAAAGAACAAGUUAAACAAGAAGAUGGAAGAUAUUUUCAAAAGUGUGAAUUAGGUACAUAUAAAUGGCUAAAUUAUACAACAGUUGGUAAUUGUGUUACAAAUAUCUCUUGUGCAUUAAAUUCAUUAGGUCUAAAAAAAGGAACACUUGUUGUAAUUUUUGCUGAAACAAGAGCUGAAUGGAUGAUUACCGCUCAGGCAUGUUUUAGAAAUGGUCUACCUAUUGUUACUGUCUACUCAACAUUGGGUGAAGAUGCUGUAGCUUAUGCUAUUAAAGAAUCAGAAGGUGUCUGUCUUUUUACUUCAUCAAAUCUAUUAGAGAUGAUUGAUAAAAUAAGUGAUAAAAUUUCAAAUAUUAAACAUGUUAUAUACUUUGAAGAUCGUUUUAAUCCAUCUUCUGAGGACAAUAAAUGUCAAAUUGCUAUUGAAAAUUUGAAUUCAAAAAUGAAAACAUGUAUGUUAUUCGAUAAUUUCAUGACAACUGGAGAAGGUCUUGAAACAAGUAUUCAAAAUAUUUCAAAACCAGAUGAUCUUUGUAUGAUUAUGUAUACUUCAGGUUCUACAGGUAAUCCAAAGGGAGUUAUGCUUUCACAUAAAAAUAUAAUUGCCUCAUUAACUGGAGCUAAUUAUGUUAUUAAUGUAACGUGUAAUGAUUGCUAUAUAGCUUACUUGCCAUUAUCUCAUGUCUUAGAAUUAGCUGUUGAGACUUGCCUUCUUAGUGUUGGUUGUCGUAUUGGAUACUCUUCACCAACAACACUUUUUGAUCGUGCUCCAAAAAUUAAACCUGGAACAAAAGGUGAUAUUAGUGUUUUAAGACCAAGUUUAAUGGCUGCUGUACCAGCUAUUAUGGAUCGAAUCUUUAAAGCUGUCACAGAAGAAGUAUCUACAAAACCAGCUUUGUUUAGAGAAUUUUUCCGUCUUUGUUAUGAACGUAGGAGAGCUCGUUAUCUUGAUGGAUAUGCUAGUGCUUUCAUGAAUAAGCUUGUUUUUGGAAAAAUUAAAAAAAUAUUAGGUGGAAAGCUUCGUGUAAUCCUUUCAGGUGGUGCUCCACUAGCUCCAGAGACACAACGUUUUAUGAAUAUAUGUUUCUGUUGCCCGGUAGUUCAAGGAUAUGGAUUAACUGAAACUUGUGGUGGUGGUACUAUUGGUGAUAUUCAUGAUCUUAGUACUGGAUAUGUUGGACCACCAUUAAUUUGUAGUGAGAUAUACCUUCAUCCAUGGGAAGAAGCGGGAUAUUCUCCAGUUAACCAUCCUCCAACUGGUGAAAUUCUUAUACAUGGUGAUAAUGUUUCACUAGGUUAUUUCAAAAAUCCAGAAAAAACAAAUGAAGAUUUUAUUGAGAUCAAUGGAAAACGUUAUUUCUGUACCGGUGACAUAGGUGAAGUAAGAAGUGAUGGUGCAUUUAAAAUAAUUGAUAGGAAAAAAGACUUGAUUAAACUACAACAUGGAGAAUAUAUAUCUUUAGGAAAAAUAGAAUCUAUUAUUGUAACUAAUAAAUAUGUUGAUAAUGUUUGCGUUUUUGCCAAUUCAUUUAAUGACUACUGCGUAGCUUUAAUAGUUCCUAAUGAAAAAAAUUUAACUUUACUUGCUGAACAACUAGAAGUUAAAACAGGUGAUUGGAAAGAAAUAUGCAAAAACAAGAUUGUAGUUUCUGGAUUACUUAAGGAAUUAAACAAUUUUCUCAAAGGGAAACUUUCAAGAGUUGAAAUACCUAAAAAACUUUUUAUUUGUGAUGAAGUAUGGACUCCAGCUAGUGGUUUAUUGACGGAAGCUUUAAAAUUGAAAAGAAAAGUCAUUGAAGGUCAUUAUAAAUCAACAUUGACUGCUCUUUAUAAAUAA